CACCGGGCGUCUGCGUCAGGAGGGCACUCUUCCACUCUGCGCAAUUACGCGGACUCUAACGGCGAUUAGAGGGCGGAAAAAAAGGCGUUUUCCUCGGCUGCUGAACGAGCCUGCAAAUGGACUUUUAAACACGCGGAUCAUUUCGAGUAGAGGACUUCCCUUCGAGCGUUUCGAUGCAGCUUUCUGCACAACUGUGAAUUGUUAUGAUUAUUACGCAUGUGCUCUUAAGCACAUAGUUAUUUAUAACCAGACUUUUUUUUCUGUUUAGAUCGUUCCCCUUAUUCUCUAAAAUUGGCUCCCGUACAAACAGCCGCGUUGGAUCCCUCGGCUUAUUGCGAGACUCCGGUGUAUAAUCCGGAUCUCUGCCCUAAUAUGAUAGCCGCGCAGGCGAAGUUGGUGUACCACCUCAACAAAUACUACAACGAGAAAUGCCAGUCUCGCAAGGCGGCCAUCUCCAAGACCAUCCGGGAGGUGUGCAAGGUGGUGUCGGAUGUCCUGAAGGAGGUGGAGGUGCAGGAGCCCCGCUUCAUCAGCUCCCUCAGCGAGAUGGACAACCGUUUCGAGGGACUGGAGGUCAUCUCCCCCACCGAGUUCGAGGUCGUCCUCUAUCUGAAUCAGAUGGGAGUAUUCAACUUUGUGGAUGACGGCUCCCUCCCGGGCUGCGCCGUCCUCAAGCUGAGCGACGGCCGCAAGAGGAGCAUGUCUCUCUGGGUGGAGUUCAUCACCGCCUCCGGGUACCUCUCCGCGCGCAAGAUCCGCUCCAGGUUCCAGACGCUGGUGGCGCAGGCGGUAGAUAAAUGCAGCUACAGAGACGUAGUCAAAAUGGUCGCAGACACGAGCGAGGUGAAGUUGCGCAUCAGAGACAGGUACGUGGUGCAGAUCACGCCGGCGUUCAAGUGCACGGGCAUCUGGCCGCGCAGCGCCGCGCACUGGCCUCUGCCGCACAUCCCCUGGCCGGGACCUAACAGGGUGGCAGAAGUCAAGGCGGAGGGUUUCAACCUUUUAUCCAAAGAGUGCUACUCCCUGAACGGCAAGCAGAGCUCGGCGGAGAGCGACGCCUGGGUGCUGCAGUUCGCCGAGGCCGAGAACCGGCUGCUGCUGGGCGGCUGCAGGAAGAAGUGCCUGUCGGUGCUGAAGGCGCUGCGGGACCGCCACCUGGAGCUGCCCGGCACGCCGCUCAACAACUACCACAUGAAAACUUUGGUCUCCUACGAGUGCGAGAAGCAUCCCCGGGAGUCGGACUGGGACGAGAACUGCCUCGGCGACCGCCUGAACGGGAUACUUUUGCAGCUUAUUUCGUGUUUGCAGUGCAGACGGUGUCCGCAUUAUUUCCUACCUAAUUUAGACCUGUUUCAAGGAAAACCUCACUCUGCUCUAGAGAAUGCAGCCAAACAGACUUGGCGACUGGCGAGAGAAAUACUGACCAACCCCAAAAGCUUGGAGAAACUCUGAGGUAACAGAAAAAAACAACAACAAACAGAAUAAAAAAUAAACCUUGGUUCACGUCGUCUUAAGAAUACAUUACAGAGGCCUAACGAGCUAAACGGACAGAGAAAAUACCGCCCGCUCAAUUUGCAAAGUCUUGUGAAAUGUGACUGUCCUCUGUUGUUGAAUAUGUUCUGGCCGAGCCUGUUUCAAGAUCUUUUUUAUAUAUCUAUAUAUAUAACUGUUUGAUUUGCAAUUAUCCUCGUGCACCUUUUGGUGGUAUGGACAGGCUAUUUAGAAGCAAGUUUAAAUUAUUGGCAACAAUUAAAUCCCGGAGGCCACCCCAGCAGUGGUUUAGUUUCUCUCCGUGCCACACGGUUGACUAAAUUCGACUUUUCUUUAAAUGCUUUAAAAUAAAGCCCCCUAACAGACGCUGGAAAAAUAAUAAGAAAAACAUAUCUGUACAUUUUAUACUGUAAAUACAUUCAUAGAUUGUGAUUCAAGUGGUCUGAAAUUGUGACUGUUGUUGUGUGACACGUACAUAGGAUCCACCUGUUUAAAUUCUGAACUUUCUCUUUAUCUGGUAGAAAUCUUAUUAAUUUAUACUUGCAUCAGUGGUAGUCUGCUCACCUGUUUCCGUGGACAUUUUUGUUCAAUUCUUUUUAUUUUACAUUUUGAUGGGAGGCGUACAUUUGUUCCAUAAAAAAACAUUCCAUCGGUUUACUUGAAUUAUUUAAAUUACUCGAAAUAUUUGAAUUGUUGCUUUUUCUCUGCCAUGUUUAGGCUUAAAAAAAGAAAAGAAAAUGGUAACCUAUACAUAGUAUAUAUAAAUAUAUAUUACAUUUUAAUUGGAAAAAAAAUGCACUUGAGAUACACUGGAUUAAAACAUCUGUGAUCUGAUUUUUUUAUUUCUGUCUUUGAUCUAAUUUAAAGAGUUAAUAAAACCAGCUGUUUUAUACUUGUGUCUCACAAUGGCUUUAUUAAGUCCAAUGCACUGUAAUAAAAUAGUCCUAUUGCAACACGAUGACGAUAAUAAUGGACACAUUGAUUCAGAGUUGAAGCCAAUUCUGAAUCUGAAACAAAAAUAAAUAAAACAGAAAUUAAAAUUAUUUUAUUAACAUUUUAAACAACUCUGCAAAUACACUGAAAAUAUUAUUAUAUAUGUAUUAUUUAAUCACGAUGUUUUGGACAACUAAACGUUAUUUGACAUUAUGGACUAAUUAUUACUGUGAUAAUUUAACAAGUACUGAAAUUUGAAACAAA